UUACAUCAUAGGAUAGUUAAAAUUUUGCCGCGAUUUUUACUUCGUGCGCACAGAAGAGAAGUAUUAGCGUCGUUAGAAUCGGAUUGAGUAAUUCGCAAGAAAUUUCAUAGAAAAAUUUCAAAGACUUUAUCUAAUCGAAUAUAAAAAAUGUCGAAAGUGAAUACAUUGUAUAAUUAUUUUACAUCGCCUAAGACUGUUAAGCAAAGAGAAAGUAAAGUUACGAAUAAUGUAAAGCCAGAGACUCCAAAAAGUGGGCAAAAGAAGAAAGGACAGAGAAAAACAGAAGAAAAGGAAAAUCAUCAAACUGAUAUACGCAAAAGAGUUUGGAAAGAUGAUGAAUCUAAUGGAAAUGAAGAAAGUAUGCCGGUACAAUCUAAACGACGUCGAAUCAUUAUACCUGAAGAUAGCGAAGAUUCUGGGGAUAGCUUUAAACCUGAUUCAGCAGAUGAAGAUAGCGAAUCUGAAUCAUUUUCUGAAGAUGUUCCAGAAAGUGAAAUAGAAACACAAGAUGAAGAAAGUCCUGAGAAGAAACCAAAGAAAUCUGUAAUUGCGAAACGUUCACGUAAAGGAAAAGUAGUUCAGAAACCGUCAGGAAAGAAAGAAAUAAAAUCAGUUUCACCGCCUCAAUUAAUGGAACAAUCAACAAGCACAUCUGUUACUACAGUAGACUCAUGGCCUCAUUUAAAAUACGACUUUCUUCAACCUAAUAAAAGGAGAGAUAUUAAUAGAAGACCGCCAGCUGAUCCAAAUUAUGAUUCUAAGACUGUUUAUGUACCUUUGGAUUUCCUUAACAAUCAAACACCCGCCAUGAGACAGUGGUGGGAAAUCAAGAGUAAACACUUUGAUUGUGUUCUCUUUUUCAAAGUUGGAAAGUUCUAUGAAUUAUAUCACAUGGAUGCAGUUACUGGAGUUAACGAGCUUAAUCUCACAUAUAUGCGUGGCGAAUUUGCACAUUCUGGUUUUCCAGAAAUUGGAUAUGGACGCUUUUCAACGAGUCUCAUCGAAAGAGGAUAUAAAAUCGCACGUAUUGAACAAACUGAAACGCCAGAUAUGAUGACACAACGUUGCAGUAAAAUGUCCAAAGUAACAAAAUUUGACAAGGUCGUAAAACGAGAAAUUUGUCAAAUAAGUACAAAGGGUACUAGAGUUUAUUCUCCUCUGGAUGUUGAAGCAUCUACACCUAAUUCUAAUUAUUUGCUCUCUUUGGUUCAAAAAUGUAAAUCAAGAGCAAACAGCAUGUUUGGAGUAUGCUUUAUAGAUACUUCAAUAGGUGACUUUUAUCUUGGGCAAUUCGAGGAUGAUUGUUAUAAUUCGAGAUUAUUGACCUUAUUUGCACAUUAUCCACCAGUCCAUAUUGUUUAUGAACGUGGAAAUUUAUCGCCAACUGUGUUGCAACUUUUAAAUAAUUCAUUGGCAGCCUGCUACAAAGAAUCUUUACAACGUGAAGUGCAAUUUUGGAACGCAGCGAAUACGUUGAAAUAUCUUCACGAAGGAGAAUAUUUUAAAAAGGAGAAAGAUUCUAAUUUUUCUUGGCCUGAAGGUUUGCAACCUUAUUUAAGCGAAGGAGACAGUCUGGGUUUAACACCUGCUGAAGAUAAAGAAUUAGCAGUACAUGCUCUUGGAGGAUGUAUAUAUUUACUUAAAGAGUACUUGCUUGAUCAACAAUUAUUGGCACAGUCUCAAUUUAAGACAUAUAUACCAGCUGAUUUUUUAAGCGAAAAUGCACGUACAGAAACGAAACUUAUGAACAAUAUGGUGUUGGAUGCUAUCACGAUCAACAAUUUACGAAUUUUUGGAGAAGGUUCCCUUAUGAAAACAUUGGAUCAUUGUUGUACAGCAUUUGGUAAAAGAUUACUACGAGAAUGGGUAUGCAGGCCAUCUUGUCGUAAAAACGUUAUAAAAGAGCGUCAAGAGGCUAUACAAGAGUUAAUGGAUAGAACGGAUGUAGUACAGUCUGUUCGAUCUAUGUUAUCAGGCCUUCCUGACUUAGAAAGACUAUUGAGCAAAAUACAUGCUCUAGGAAAUGCAGCGAGAUUGUGGAAUCAUCCUGAUGGGAGAGCAAUUAUGUUUGAAGGUCAAAUAUACUCAAAAAGAAAAAUCGUGGACUUUACCACAACUUUGGAUGGAUUUGAGAAAGUAUUGGAGAUUAUUGAUUUAUUUUCUAACUUUAAUACUAAUUUGAUAAAUCAAUGUACCAAAUUUGAACCAGACGGAGAAUUUCCCAAUUUAAGAGAAACACUCGAUUAUUUUAAAACAGCAUUCGAUCACGAGGAAGCAAAGAAGCAGGGAUGUAUUGUUCCUAAAAAGGGAGUGGACGAGGAAUAUGAUUCGGUAUUAUCUCAAUUGGAAGAAAUAAAACAUGAUUUGGAUGCUUAUUUAGAAAAACAAAGAAAACAUUUUGGUGUUAAAGUAACAUUUUUUGGACAAGACAGAAAAAGAUUUCAGCUUGAAAUACCUGAUUCGCAAGUAAAAAAAGUAGGACCAGGAUUUGAACUUCAGUCACAACGUAAAGGCUUCAAACGGUAUUAUACCGCAGAAGCAAAAGAAUUUUUGGCAAGACAAACAAAUGCUGAAGAAAGUAGGGACAAAGUUUUGAAGGAUCUAAACAGACGAAUAUUCGCAAAAUUUAGCGAGAAAUAUGAUAUGUGGCAUAUGGCUGUUUAUAAAAUAGCUAUUUUAGAUGUUCUUAUAUCCCUUACCGAAUAUGCUCACAGUGGAGAUAUGUGCAUUUCAGAAAUUCAUGACGCGAAUGAAGAGGGAGUUUUUAUCGACAUCAAAGACGGAAAACAUCCAUGUAUAUUAUCCGAGAACUUUAUUCCCAAUGAUACUUUAAUUGCGAAAGACCAAUCUUCUUCAGUAAUUAUCUUAACUGGUCCAAACAUGGGGGGAAAAUCAACUCUGAUGCGUCAAAUAGGCUUGUUAACGAUUAUGGCACAAAUAGGUUGUCAUGUACCAGCAAGUUCAUGUCAUUUAACAUUAGUUGAUCGUAUCUUUACAAGAUUAGGGGCAAAUGAUGAUAUUCUAGCUGGUCAGAGUACAUUCCUAGUAGAAUUAACAGAAACUGCUGCGAUAUUAAAACAUGCUACACCCUAUUCUUUAGUUUUGCUAGAUGAAUUGGGUCGUGGGACUUCGACGUAUGAUGGUACAGCUAUAGCUGCGUCAGUUGUUAAUGAACUGACGAAGUUAAAGUGUCGUACGUUAUUUUCAACACAUUACCACUCGCUGGUAGAAGAUUAUAAAAAUAAUCCAGAUGUGACAUUAGUUCAUAUGGCAUGUAUGGUAGAAACUGAAGAAGAGGAAGAAGUGUCUCAAGAAACUGUUACAUUUUUAUAUAAACUCAGCGAAGGUGCAUGUCCUAAGUCAUAUGGAUUUAAUGCAGCAAGGUUGGCUGGUAUUCCACCUGCAAUUACAAACAGAUCACGUGAAAUAGCUAAACGAAUGGAACAAGAAACUAAUUACAAACACCUCUUCGCUACUCUCUGUAAAGCUGACGAGUCCGAAAUCAAAACUCUUAUUGCUGAUAUUUGAAGGAGCGAAGAGUGAUUUAUUAAAUAGAUAAAACAGAAACAAAAAAUAUAUUACGUAUUUGUAUGAUGUAUAAUCGGCGCGCAGAACUUACGGUAUAUAGUAAAUUUUAUUACAUUUAUUCGUUACCGAUAUUGUUAAGUAACGCGAUAUAUAACACGGUUGAAAUUUAUUUGCAAUUAUUUUCUCAUGUAUGUGUUAAUAUUUUUUUUCUUUUUUUUUUAAUUUUCAUACCUCAUACUUUUUAUAUACCUCACAGUAUUAUAUUUUCUAUUAGUAUUUUGAUUUUGUAUUACUUUCAAUUUACUUCAAAUGUCUUAUAUAAAUAAAUUAAGUGUAAUUGCGUUUGUUAUAUUGUAUUUUUUUAAGUUAAUAAAUAUUUUUGAUACAAGGUGUAUACAGAGUGUAUAAGGGUUUUUUAUAUCAUGUAUGUACGAAUAAUUGCCUACUUUCAGGGGCACCAUAAAUUUGAUGUUUCAUCUGCUAAAUAUGUACUAAUUGUAAAUGUUCGAUGACCGAACAAUAAUACUAAUUAAAUACAAGUUUUCGAUAUUAAAAUACUGUUCAUAGAUGUUUCCUAAAAUUAUAUAUUUAAUUGUAAAGGAAGCUGAUUUAGAAAAUAAUUGGACCAUGUAAAUGAAAGCUGGUGAAAGAAGAAAGUACCAUAAUAUAACUAAAACAACGAUCAUCAUUUAACGCACAGUCCUAAUUUACGAAGAAAAACAUUUGAAAAGAUAAUUAUUGCUUACAAAACUUUAUUAAUCAAUGCCAGAAUACAAAAAGGCUUCUUCAUGACUAAUUACGAUGCAUUAUAAAUGAUAUAACUUUACUCACACCAAACGAUUGUAAAAACUUGGUGAAUAGAAAGAGAAACGAUACACAUGUGCGCGCGAAAUAUUGCUGUGAAAUAAGAAUUAUGAAACUAUAAAAGAAAAUUAGAAAUAGAUAGAGAGAUAGAGAUACAGAUAGGGAUCGAGAGAGGGUGGGAGGGAGAGAUAAAGAGUGAUAUAAUAGAAUAGAAGAAAUAUUCGUAAUAAUAAUAAUCCACUAUAUAUCCUAAUACGAAAGAGGAGAUAUAUGUAUAAAAAGCAGAGGAAUAGGCGAUACAUGAUCAACGAGCGCAAAAUAUUUCCUCUAUUCGUAUUUACUCGACUAAAUUCUAAAUACGUGCCCCGAACUAGAGGAAUCGAUUGCGAUAAAAAAGACAAAUAAUAAUAAUAAUAAUAAUAAUAAUAAUAAUAAUAAUAAUAAUAAUAAUAAUAAUAAUAAUAAUAAUAAAAUAAUAAAAUAAUAAUAAUAAUAGAGCAUUGCUGCAUAAAUAAUCAAAUACGUACGAGAAUUGAUAUUAUUUACGUAAAAUUCAUUAAGUUGGAAAGUGCGUCAUAAUAUGCAAACUCAUUGAUAUUAUAUCAUAGACCAAUAAUAUUAAUCAUAAGAGAUAUCGAUCCUUUGUCUAAUUCUGCAUGUACCAUAUUCCAUGCAUCACAAAAAAGUUUACAAUUAAGAAGGCACGGAGAUUAAGAACGCACUAUAUAGCGGUUUAAUGGGUUUAACGCAUCAUGUAUUUUUAUUUUAGAUAUUAUCACAUGACUAAUUCUAGUACACAGUUCUCUGGAGGGGGGGAGUAUCCGCGACGACUGCGACUCUUUUCCUGUUGUUCUUGUUUUUGUAUUAUUUUCUUUUUUUUUAAUAUUUUUUUUUUAAUAUUUUUUAAUUUUUUUAGUUUUUCCUUUCUUAAUUAUAUUUAGGAGAAGAUUAUAAGUUGGUUUCGUAUUUUUUUUUUUUUAUAUUUUUUUCUUUUUGUUUAAUUUUUAUCCCCCUCUUCUCGUCCAUUGUAAUCUAAUUAAUUAUUAUUACUUUUGAUCAUUACAAUCGAGAAUAUCGAUUAACCACCACUAUCUAGAAAUUAUUUCUCUUAGGGUUCUCGACUAAGUCGAGAUUAAUUCUAAACAAUGAUCGCGACGAGAAGGAUAGGCAGGCCGUUCGGUUUUUCGUUUAUUCGUUUUAAUUUUCGGCCGAAAUAUAUUUAUUAGACGAGAAUAAAGAAGAAGAUGAUAACGUAGACAAUUGGGGGUUGCGUCAUUUGAAAAGUCGAAGUUGGAAAAACGAAGAGAAAAAAACAGAAGAGAGAGAGAAAGAGAGAGAAAGAGAGAGAGAGAGAAAGAGAGAGA